AUGGAGGACCGAAGAACUGACGUGGAGGAUCAAAGAACUAAUGUGGAGGAUCAAAGAACUAAUGUGGAGGAUCAAAGAACUAAUGUGGAGGAUCAAAGAACUAAUGUGGAGGAUCAAAGAACUAAUGUUGAGGAUCAAAGAAUUGUUAUGACGGAUCAAAGAACUAAUGAUGCACUCAAAACAUUAACUUUAAUGUUCCCUGAUGUUGAUAUUGAAAUAUGUGAGGCAGUUUUAAAUGAACAUAACGGUGAAUUGGAAUCAAGUAUAAAUUCUUUAUUGGGUAUGUCUGACCCAAAUUUUAGUAAUGAAGAGGCUAUUCCGAUUCAAACUGAAUCUGGUGUUGUGACUUCAACUACAAGACAACAAAUAGAAAGUGAUGAAGAACUAGCAAGGCGCUUGGCUGCUGAAGCUGACAAGGAGUUGCCAGUAAUUAAAGAAAAGAUAAUUCAAGCUGCAGACACGACAAAAAAAAAGGUGAAAGAAUGGUAUGAAAAGUUUAGACAACAAGCUUCUUCUUCACCAAAGAACGAAGAUCAAUAUUCAAACGCACAAUAUACAAAUCUACCAAGAGACGAGGCUGAUAAUCCCAUGCUUGGUGAAGAUUUUUCCGAAUCAAUGAAUCUUCACAAGAAUAAAUAG